AUAAAAAAAAGUAAAUGACAGAAUUGACAGAUAAGGAAUUCCGACAUAACCUUUAACGUUAAAUUUGUAAAUUUAUUCGAAAAUUAAGAUUACUUAAUAAAAUGGCAUCGCUUAAAGUGUUUUCGGUGGGCAGACUAGCCAAAUACGUGACGGAUUCUUCUUUGAGAACCUUAAAAACAAAUAUCUACAGAACUACAGUAUGCAAAUAUAGCACGGAAGAAAAAACAGCAGAGUCAGAUGCGAGUGAUAAGAAUCUACCAGCAUCCAUAGAGGAAUGUCACAAACAGAUUGAAACACUAACUUCUGAAGUCGGCACACUCAAAAAUCAUCUUAAAGAGUACGAAGAUAAAUAUAAAAGAGCCUUAGCAGACGGUGAGAAUGUUCGAAGACGGAUGUUGAAACAGGUCGAAGAUGCAAAAUCAUUUGCUAUACAGAGCUUCUGCAAAGAUUUAUUGGAUGUGGCGGACACGCUGUCAGCGGCGGCGGAGAGCGUGCCCGAGGGGGUGGAGGGCGAGGGCGCGCCCGCCGCACUGCGCUCGCUGCGGGACGGCCUGCGUCUCACGCGCGCGCAGCUCACGCAGGUGUUCAGCAGACAUGGACUGAUAGCCGUGUCACCGUUACGAGAGAAAUUCGAUCCUAACCUACACGAAGCGCUGUUCCAACAGGAGGUGGAAGGCGCAGAACCGGGUACAGUGGUAGCAGUCAGCAAAGUGGGUUACAAGUUGCACGAGAGGUGCGUCAGACCGGCCCUCGUGGGCGUCGCGAAGGGAUCCUCCUAGUGCGGAACGAACCUUUGGACUGUUCGAUUGUUGAAUAGAAAUAAAUGAUAACUAUCAUAGGA